GUGCAUGCAAAUUAUAAAUGGUGACAGUGACAUAACAAUGACAAUUAUAAGUGACAAAAACAUUGAAGUUUCAUAAUUUAUAAAAUACAAAUUCAAACAAAUACACUGAUUUAUUAUCUGAAUAUCUGCUGUUUCAUCUCAAAUAACAGUAAUAUAUGAAAAACAUGCCGGUGGAAAUAAACAGUUUAGUAGAAGGAUGGCUUGAAUUGGAAAGUGAUCCGGGACUGUUUACUCUUUUGUUAGAGGAUUUCGGUGUAAAAGGGGUUCAGGUAGAAGAGAUUUAUGACCUGCAUAAACCCUUAGAAAGCCCAGUAUAUGGGUUUAUCUUUUUAUUUCGAUGGAUAGAAGAGAGAAGGUCCCGUAGAAAAUUUGUAGAACAGAUUGAAAGUUUCGUGCGCGACGAGGAAACUAUAAACAGUAUAUUUUUUGCACAACAAAUGGUUCCAAACAGCUGUGCUACUCAUGCUUUGCUGUCUAUAUUAUUGAACUAUCCUAAUCUCCAUUUAGGCGAAACACUGAGCAGGUUAAAGCACCAUACUCUGGGAAUGAAUCCUGAGAAUAAAGGCUGGGCCAUAGGAAACACACCAGAGCUGGCUUGUGCUCACAACUCCCAUGCCAUCCCACAAGCUAGGAAGAAGGCUGAUAAGAAUGCUGGAGUAUCAACUGGACGCUUCACAGGUGAAGCAUAUCAUUUUGUAUGUUUUGUCCCCAUAAAUGGGCAUUUGUUUGAACUGGAUGGCCUGAAGCCAUAUCCCACUGACCAUGGACCAUGGGCAGCUGAGGAAGAUUGGACUGAUAAGUUCAGGAGAGUGAUGGCUGAGAGACUUGGUAGAGAUGCCGGAGAACAAGUACAUGAUAUAAGAUUCAACUUAAUGGCUGUUGUACCUGACAGACGGAUAGCAUUGACACAGAAGUUAAAUGCUUUAGAAAUGAACCAAAAAAGAGUAAAAGAAGCAAUUUCAAAGAUUGGAAAACAUUUAAGACAUCUGUUAUCAAAGCGCAGGGAAAUUAAUGAGGAAGGAGAAUCACUCUCAGAAGAAAGCAAUGAAAACUCCCUAAACGAAAAUAUAGUGCAAAUCAGUGAAGAGACAAUACUGACUGCCUUAGAAUCAUCUCAGUUGCAGUUGUAUGAUGUAGACUACACUCGUCCUAUUACUAUUGAAAUCGGGGCCAAUGAUCGUCCACAACAAGACAGCAGCAUUAUUCUAGUUGAUCCAGUAGAGCAGGGUGCGGUUGUUAAGUUUAUUACAAUCAACAGGGACAAUCAAAUAGUUGGAGAUUUAUACCCAACAUCCAUAACGGCCCUGGUAAAGAGCAAUGACGCACCAGUACUUGUCUGUUGUGAGACAGAACCAGAUCAGCCAAUCAAACUCAGAAAACUGUUGCUGACUCAUUCGGAACUGAACGCCUUGAUGAGUAGCAUCGUGAACGAAGUCCAGCAAUGCCAACAGGCUCUCAACGAUGAGAAUGAUAAAAGGGAUAUGUACAAGGUGGACGACUGUCGUCGCACGCACAACUACGACGAGUUUAUCUGCACAUUCUUAUCAAUGUUGGCGGAACGUGGCGCGCUUGGCGAGCUCGUAGCGGCACAGUUGGAGCGAGGCCGGUCCUCACGAGCUCGCCGCCGACGUCCUAGGCCCAGGCCCCGAGCUAGACCAAGGCCUAGACCACGAGCAAGAAAAUAACACCAGCAAUACAAUCCUGUUGAAGUGCAGCUAUAAGCUUUAAAAAUACCAGCAUAAUGGUUCUAGCUAACUAGCUACCAUUUUUUCAAAGAUUUUUGCUUAUUUAAGACUGUUCCAUAUCCUGACCAGAAACUUGUCUAAAUACAAUUAUUGACCUAGUACUUUGCGCUAUUUGCUUAGCGCCUUUGGCUGAAACUAUGCUUAUUUAUAGUAGGUUAGAGAUGGCUUCUCAGAAAAUCUUAACAGAAGCAAGGUUCAAGUCAAAACAGUCAAAUGAGAUUCUAAGGGGAACCUUAGUCAGUAAAUGUGUAAAUGUAUAAAACUGCCUUUAUCCUUGAUGGCAUUGUUGUAUUAAACACUCAAUUUCUACAUAUAUAUUUGUAUGUGUUAUGUAGAGUUAUCAAGUACUAUAGUAAGUACAAUAUUUAAAAGGUAACAUUUGUUCUGUAUACUUUUUUGAGUAGCAAGUACCUAAAUGUAUCGAAUGUGGCAUAUAAUCUUACAGAAUUCCAUAAUGCUUGUGUGUAUGCAAUGAAGAUAAAGAAAUAAAAAAAAAUGUUUUUUUUAAAAACGAUUUUUUAUUAUCAUACUACGAACAGCGCCGUAUUUACAUAGUCAUCAUAUUGUUAAAGAAAUGUAACAACAACGAUUGAUUAUUGUUUGCUUAGGCACGUACUUCAUCGAACAACAUUCUUAUAUAUUUAGCUAACGAGCACAGUUAGAUGUGCGUAUCGAUGACAACCGUUCCAUAUUAGUACCGUCGCGUCGUAACACAGUUAUAUGGACAAGUCAAUAUUAUAUCGUAAUAUAACAAUCAACAUUCCACACAAUAUUUUUAUAAUGUUACAAACAUUUCAGUGAUAUACAAGUGCGCACAAUGACGAUGGUUUGUCUGACGAGUGACACGAUCUUAUCGAUACGCAUUAACGUGCAAUCUAUUACUAUAAAGUGGUAACAGUAUACUUUUUACAUACACCAGUAUGGCCUGAAAUAUGUAAACUACAUGAAUUGACUCAAAGCACAACUAUGUAAACCCAUAAGUUACAUGGUUAGAAUAGGUUAUAUAACAACAUGAAGAUAAAACUACAGAUCAAGUGGUUGGCCAACACUAUUCACAUUUGUUGCUGUCGACAAUCAAUAAACAUUUGUUCCGUACAAACAAAACUAUAUGACUAUAAAAGCUUAUGUUUCGAUGCUCACAGUGAAGGAUGAUGUGCUAACACAACAAAUCUAAUUCGGAUAUGUAGCGACACAGUUAACAACGGAUGACGACAUGACAUACAAACUGUUGAUUUUGAAAGGCAAAGUACUCUUAAAAUACAUUAUAUUUUCCCAAAAAACAUUCAUUCAUAAACACUUGUUCAUUUGGCGUCACUGACAAGAUAUCAAUACCCAUUAUAAGAAUAGUUGAUUUAUAUCGUAGAAGUAUAACAUGAAUACACCGUAGCUACGUGAUUUGUUCACAAGGCUUGUAUAUUACACAAUAUUGACCAAAGUAUAUAAUAUCCAUUAUAAUACAUUUUAUAAUUUAUGUUUGAUUGAUUUAUUAGAUCUUAGUUUACGUAUUAAACAGACAUGGAAGCCGAAACAUAUUGCCAGGUACAAUAUCUUUAUUGCAUAACAAGGCAAGUCACUCGAUGAUAAACAUGCUAUAUCACAGACUAACGAAAAUAUUACACAAACUUACAUGCACUACAUUCAUAUAUGGCACUAACAACUAAACCUGAAACUAAAAUGUAACGAUAAAGGCAGUGUUCGUAUCGAGCGAAACUCAUUCCGUUGAUAUAAAAUAAACUAUCUUCAAUUUGCAUGCGGGUAGCAUUCUAAUCCUGUUACAUUUCAAUCACAAUAUAACUGAAUUUCUACUGCUACAGGUGUUUCAACAAUAUACUCCCGUACUAGUUAAAAAAAAUAAUACUCGACAAUAACAAUUCAUAAAACCAUUAUAAUAUAUAUGAAGGACAAAUUGGCAGUAGCACCAGUUACCAUAACAUAGCGACGCACACGGUCUCAGGUUCACAACCAAAACUUAUUGCUAUUAUCACUACUUGAAAUUGCACUACUUUGGGUGUUGAUAAAAUUGUGAAUCCCAAACGGAAGCGUAAAAUUAAAACUAGAUCUGCGUGAUUUGAGCGAAAUGUACGCAACAUGCAUCAACUAUCGCACUCCGCGAGAAUUCAUUCAAAAUAACACUUAAUUAUUUGAUCAAAAUAAUAUCCUCAAAACUUUUCUAACAAAAAAUCUACAUCAAACCUUAGCACACUAUCCACUACCGCAUACAUUCAUAGAUAAGGAACAAUAUCAUCAAUCAAUAAUUAUAUUAAAGUAACAAUGUAUAUAUUGAAAUGUCCAAUACGUGGAACAUGUGUGAGCGAGCCAGCCCUGCCCGGCUCCCCUUCAACUGUCCGCCGCCGCCUCUGCCUCCGCGGAACCCUUCUUCUGCUCAGUUCCCAGCUCGCCCAGCACGCCGGGGAUAGGGAGCUCCUUCAGCUGUCUUUUUUCUAUUUCCGCUUUGAAUUGCUCAAUGUCUUGUGGGCU